AUGCAUUUUUACUACCGUUGUUAUGCGUACUUUGUGUCUGUUAGUUUUCUUCUUUCUUUCUUUCAUUCUUUUUAUCUUUCAUUCAUUCUUUCUUUCUUUCUUUCCUUCUUUCAUUCUUUCUUUCCUUCUUUCUUUCUUUCCUUCUUUCUUUCUUUCCUUCUUUCUUUCAUUCUUUCUUUCUAUCAUUUUAUUCUUCACGUUCCUUCUUUCAUUUUAUUUUUCUUCCAUUCUUUCUUUAUGCUUUGUCUCUCUCCUCUCUCACUCACUCACUCACUCACUCACUCACUCACUCUCUCUGUUGGCCUAUAUCUUUGUUUUCUGUCCGUAAUAGGUGGGUGCUUUCCUUCUCUUUCUUACUGUCAUUAUUUUUUUCCUUUAUUCUUUCUGUCUGAUUGCCUGUCUUUUUUCUUUCUUUUUUUUCUUUUCUUUUUUUUUGUAGAAUAUUCCUUACACUUUCUUUUUUUUUUCUUCUUUCUUUCUUUCUUUCUUUCUUUCUUUCUUUCUUUCACUUCUUCUCCAUCUUUCUCUCAUUUUAUUUUGUUUUCAUUCUUUCUUUUUCACACUCUUUUCUUUUCUUUUCGCAUACAUCUUUGUUUCCUGUCCUUGCUUUGUGAGCUUUUUCUUUCUUUCUUUCUUUCUUUCUUUCUUUCUUUCUUUCUUUCUUUCUUUCAAUAUAGGAUCCCAUUUUUAUAUCGUGUCCAGUCUUUUCUAUUGUCCCUUUUCUUUAAAACUUCGAUAUUCCUCAUAUAUUAA